CUUUCUUUUCAAUCACAAACUCUCUUUUACUCAUUGACACGCACACAAACACUACAUAUUAAAUCCCCAUUCCCUUUUCAUGUUCUUCUAUAAUUCCUUCACACAAUGGCCAAACUUCAACCACUUCUCCUCACACUCUUUUGCGUUCUCCUCCUACUCCCUUCCUUAGCUUUUGGAGAUUGCACUUGUGACACCGAGGAUGAAGGACGUGACAAAACCCAAGCUCUCAAAUAUAAACUAGCUGCUAUUGCUUCCAUUCUUGUAGCGGGUGCAAUUGGGGUUUGUAUUCCAAUCCUAGGAAAGACCAUACCGGCUUUGCGUCCCGAGAAGGACAUCUUCUUCCUCAUCAAGGCCUUUGCUGCCGGCGUGAUAUUGUCGACCGGGUUCAUCCAUGUUCUUCCCGAUGCUUUCGAGAGCUUGACGUCGCCGUGUCUGAGUGAGAGUCCAUGGCAGGAUUUUCCAUUCACGGGGUUUGUGGCCAUGGUGUCUGCCAUCGGAACUUUGAUGGUUGAUUCCUUUGCCACUUCGUAUUAUAAAAAAUCUCACUUCAACCAGGAUCAAAAUGGGGUUGGAGAUGUCGAGAAGGAAGGAGAACAUGAGGGUCACUUACAUGUUCAUACACAUGCAACUCAUGGUCAUGCUCAUGGUUCCGCUUCUUUGGUUGACAACAAUUCGGCUUCAUCUGACCUUGUUCGUCAUCGUGUUAUAUCACAGGUUUUGGAGUUGGGGAUUGUGGUACAUUCAGUCAUAAUUGGAAUUUCACUGGGUGCUUCUGAGAGUCCCAAAACAAUAAGGCCUCUUGUUGCUGCACUCACCUUCCAUCAGUUUUUUGAAGGCAUGGGACUUGGUGGAUGCAUCUCUCAGGCAAAAUUCAAGAAUAGAGCUGUUGCAAUUAUGGCGACAUUCUUCUCUCUUACAACCCCCGUUGGAAUUGCAAUUGGAAUAGGAAUAUCUAGUGUUUACAAUGACAACAGCCCCAAUGCUCUAAUUUUUGAAGGGAUUUUUAAUGCGGCAUCAGCCGGGAUCUUAAUCUAUAUGGCGCUUGUGGAUCUUCUUGCAGCUGAUUUUAUGAACCCAAGAGUGCAAAGCAAGGGAAGGCUUCAAAUAGGAACAAACAUUUCACUUCUUCUUGGGGCUGGUCUUAUGUCUCUCUUAGCCAAAUGGGCUUAACCUUGUCGUAAUGUUUUCUGGAAUAUUUCUCUUUCUUUUCAAGGCCUUUUUUUUUUUUUUGGUGGUACAAUAAAAAUGGCCCAAAAAUAUGCAAGAUUUCGAACCCGGAAUUUUAAUUCUUUGUUGAAAAUUUGAAUUUAUCCAAACAAAAUUAAAAUGGA